GCUCAUGGUAGCAAUGAUGUUCGUUGAUAUGCUGUUCUUGUUGGCUGGGUUUAUUCGGUGUAGUUUCACGUAUCAACGUCAAAUGUGGCGACAGACUAGCUUCUCCGAUAACAUUGAAGCGACCGAGAACCCCUCAGAGACAAUACGUCAUAUUGGGAAGGUAGCAGUAAAGCUCCCAAGAUUCGUUAAUGUUGUUCUCCUGAACAUGCGCUCCCCCAUAUGUUUACCAUCCUUCUCCACAUGAUCCCCGAUAAAUUAUAAUCUAAAGCCAUAACACGAGCAUUAUUCACGGGUGGCAC